AGUAUCAAAAUUCCACCUCAGCGCCGUGGUUCCUCAACUGGAGGAUAUUUCUGAAUUGUAUAUAUAUAAAUAAUAUCUCUGUGCUUCCCUGUACGGCCAAAUCAACGAUGCUGCGAGUGAGGUCUGCCGUCAGUCAGUCGUGGAAAGGGUUCAAAACUUUCUCGUGUGCAGCGGUGGAGGUGAAGAAUGAGCCCGUUCUGGGGUUUAAAGAGGGCAGUAAAGAGAGAGCAGAACUGGAGGAGGCGUUACGAAACCUGAAGGGAAAAACAGAAGAAAUUCCAUGUGUGAUCGGGAAUGAAGAAGUGUGGACCAAAGACAUCCGAUUCCAGCUGUCUCCCUUCAACCAUUCUCACCAAGUUGCAAAGUUCUGCUAUGCUGACAAGGAUCUUCUAAAUAAAGCCAUUGAGGCUUCAGUCGCUGCUCGGAGGGAAUGGGAUCUUAAACCGGUCUCAGAUCGAGCCCAGAUCUUCUUCAAAGCUGCCGACAUCAUCAGUGGGCCCAAGAGAGCAGAAGUACUGGCCAAGACAAUGAUCGGACAGGGUAAGACUGUGGUUCAGGCGGAAAUCGACGCAGCUCCAGAACUCAUUGACUUCUUCAGGUUUAAUGCCAAACAUGCAAUUGAGCUUGAAGACCAGCAGCCGCUGGACAGUGACGGCAGCACAAACACCAUGCUGUACCGCGGCCUAGAGGGAUUCGUUGCUGCUGUUGCUCCAUUUAACUUCACAGCGAUUGGUGGAAACCUGGCCGGCACUCCUGCUCUUAUGGGUAACGUUGUGCUGUGGAAACCCAGUGAUACCGCCAUGUCUGCCAGUUAUGCUGUCUAUAAGAUCCUGAGAGAGUCUGGAUUGCCACCGAACAUCAUUCAGUUUGUCCCGGCAGAUGGGCCAGUGUUUGGAGACACAGUUACGUCCUCUGAGCACCUCGCCGGCAUCAACUUCACCGGCAGCGUCCCAACGUUUAAGCGGUUGUGGAAGCAGGUCGCCCAGAAUCUGGACAUCUACAGGAAUUUCCCUCGCGUUGCUGGAGAGUGUGGUGGGAAGAACUUCCACUUUGUGCACAAGUCUGCAGACGUCCGCAGUGUGGUGACCGGCACCAUCCGCUCUGCGUUUGAGUACGGAGGACAGAAAUGUUCUGCCUGCUCUCGUAUGUACGUCCCAGACUCUCUCUGGCCUCAGAUCAGACAGGGCCUCCUGGACGUCCACAAACAGAUCAAAGUUGGAGACCCAGUGGAAGAUUUCAGCACUUUCUUCUCAGCGGUGAUUGAUGACAAGUCUUUCUCCAGGAUUAAAGGCUGGCUUGAACACGCCAGAUCUUCUCCACAUCUGAAGAUCAUCGCUGGAGGAAACUGCGACGAUAAGAAGGGCUAUUUCGUGGAGCCCACAAUAAUCGAGACCACCGACCCACAGGAGAAGAUCAUGAAUGAGGAGAUCUUCGGACCCGUCCUGACAGUCUACGUUUACCCUGAAAACGACUACAAGAAAGUCCUGCACUUAAUAGACAACACUUCUCCAUACGCCCUAACAGGAGCCAUCUUCUCCCAAGACAAAUCUGUUAUAGAGGAGGCCGGAAAAGCUUUAAGAAAUGCUGCAGGAAAUUAUUAUAUCAAUGAUAAAUCGACAGGAUCAAUCGUGGCCCAGCAGCCUUUUGGUGGCGCCAGAGCGUCAGGCACCAACGACAAACCCGGCGGCCCCCAUUACGUCCUGCGCUGGACGUCCCCUCAGGUGGUCAAGCAGACACACGUCCCACUCACAGAAUGGAAAUAUCCUUACAUGAGCUAAAAGACCGCUUCAUUUCUCUAAAAUCCUUCCUAAAAGACUCUUCUUACCGUCCCAAAACCGCAGACAAAGUGUGGUAAUGAUGAAGAGCAACAGUAAAAAGCAGACCAGACUGAAUGUAUCCCCGAAGAUUUCUCUGCAAACAUCACUGGAUUAUUAAUACAAGCUAUUAAUUCAGCAAAGAA